AUGGAUGAUGUCACCCGACAAUGGCUCGAACCCCUCUGGUGCGACUUCCGUCUCCAAACCUGGUCCUGCACCGACUCCACUCUCUGGACAACUGUAUUCAUAAUCCACUCAAUAUGGGCCUUCCUCCUCUUCCUCAUGGGCCUAUGGAUCGUCGUGAAGAAGAUCGGGCAGCUACGUGAAAAAGGGCUCGGUAUCUUUGAGGUGUGCGAUGGAGCGGUGAGACCGCGCGCGGCAGAGGCGUUGCUUGUGACGGCUGCCGCGCAUAUUUUGGGACGGGGGGCGCAUACGACGGUGGUGCUGGCUGGGGGGUUUGGGAGUUGGGCUGUUGGUGAGAUUCUUUUCGAUAUUCCGUGGGUGAUUCUUUUCGACGGCGCGGUGUUUUACGUUAUUGGAAUAAUCUACGGCACACCCCGACACCGCCUCGUCGGCUCCUCAACCCAAUCCGAGCGUCUCCCCUCCCCGCGCAUCCUCAACCUCCUCCUCUUCCUCCUCACCCUCCUCCCCUCCACUACCCUUCCCCUCACCGCCUACCUCAGCGGCUGGGGGCGCGACACAGCCCAAGUGCACUGGGCAGUGACGUUCACCCAAAUCCACUACGUCCUCUGGGGCGUCUACUGCAUUGCCCUCUCCGGGCUGCUGCUGCAUUUUGGGCUGAAGCUGAUUGGAAUUUUGAGGGAGAAUAGUGGCACGAUGAAGGUGUUGACGGAGCAGGUGGAGUUGUCCCAUACGAAUUUAGAGGGGAGUGCUGGGGAGGAGUUUCGGAGGACGUUGAUUACGCUCAUCAUUACCGUAGGGUGCAUGAUAACAAUGGUCAUGGGAUCUAGCAUAGUCCUGCUCGCCUACGCCUUCCGCCGGAUCGAGAUCCACAACAGCUUCCCGCUCUCUCUACUCAUCGGGUUCACGUGGAUGUUCAUGAUGCCCCUGUGCCUUACACCGAUAUUCAUCGUCACGAUCUACGGGAUGCUUCGAACAAAGAAAGAGAUAAAAGCCCACCAAGAUUCGAUAGAGAAGAGCGGGUCGCGAUCUAAUCCGGGGCAAAGGGCUGAUGCCAGGAGGGCUUCGGUGAGGCCGGGGGCUGAAGCUAGGAGGGCUUCGAUGAAGCCGAAGUUUGUAGAUACGGCGCGCACUGAUUUUGAUGAGGUGCUUUGA